GAAAGAUGAUGAGUUAGUUAUCUGAAAUGGGGGGUUGAAAAAGCAAGACUGUCUCUUGAGCUUUCUAACCAUGGCAGCGGCAACAUUGUACUUAGCAAAACCAUCUUCUUGCUUUACUCCCAAAAUCCCGUUUCCCUCAAACUCAAGAGUACUCAGUAGCUGUCGGUUUGGAACCUUAAAGCCGAAAGCUGGUCUGUCACAAUUUCUUAACAUUGUAGAAACCACUUCCUCAUAUAUUCAACUUCCAUUGCAACUAGAACUCCAUGAACCUUCCAAUGCUCUCUCUUUGCCCACUUGGGCUGUUCAUGUAUCAAGUGUUGUUGAAUGGAUUAUAGCUAUGGCUUUGGUGUGGCAAUAUGGGGAGAAAUCAGGAUAUGAAGCUUGGAAGGGCCUUUCUUGGGGUAUGGUACCUCUACUUGGUGGAGCAUUUUGUGCCUGCACAUGGCAUUUCUUUUAUAACUCCGACUCCCUUGAGGUAUUGGUAGCUCUUCAAGCGGCACUAACUGUUAUAGGUAAUAUCACAAUGUGCAUAGCUGCAUACCGAAUAUACAAAUCAUCCCGUGAAAGCUCAGAAAACUUGUGAAGUUUUGGUAUAAAGGUAUUUCGAAGUAACAUUUAUGCUCGAAUGAAAGUCCUUAAUCUUCUGUUGAUUGUUUAACUAUGUUUCUUGGGCCUAGAUGAAUAAGAAGAGUCUAUUGAUUUACAAAAUUAUUUGAAGUGACAAAGAUGGAAUCUUUAAGAUACACUUUUCCUCCUUGAUCUUGAACUAGUCUGUGUAACUUUUGUAUCUAGCUUUCUUUUCACAUGAUACUGUCCUCACUAGAGAAUUCAACUUCAUACUGAUACAUGGUAGUGACCUUUGCCUGUAUUAUUUUGUCAAGACAGUACUCUGUGAAGUAUAUUGAUAAGAAUGCUUAAACUUUUUUGUAUUUUAUAUUUUGUAUAAUGCUAUUUCUAUUCUUUAUUAUUA